AUGGGAACAAGACCUGAUAUUUGUUUUGUUGUUACUAAGUUAUCACAAUAUAUGUCUAACCCUUCCAAAGCAGAUUUUAGUCUAGCAAAAUAUGUCCUGAGAUAUUUAAAGGGUAAUUUGCAUUAUGAUUUAAAGUUUUCUAAAUCUGAUGAUGAAUUAAAAGUGAGUGGUUUUUGUGAUUCUGACUGGGGUUCUUCAAGUGAUAGAAGAAGUAUCACAGGUUACUGUCUUCAGUUAUAUUCUAAAGGUUCUCUUAUUUCAUGGAAAUCUAAGAAACAAAGAAUUGUAGCACUGUCAUCUUGUGAAGCAGAGUAUGUAUCUUUAACUUGUGCUAUCCAGGAAGCUAAGUUUUUAAAUCAAUUAUUUACUGAUAUGCUAGGAUGUAAUAAGCAACCAAUUGUUUUGCAUGCUGAUAAUCAAGGGGCAAUAGCAUUGUCUAAGAAUCCAGUUCACCAUCAAAGAUCUAAACACAUAGAUAUACGUUAUCAUUAUAUUAGAUCUGAAAUUCAAAGUGGUCAUGUUGAACUGUUGUAUGUUCCUUCAGAAGAUAACAUUUCAGAUAUUUUCACAAAGCCAGUUACCAAACAAAAGUUGUGUAAAUUUUCUUUUAUAAGAAGUUAA